AUGUCUGCCCAGGCUCCCCCCUCGUCUACCGGCUCCACGAAGCUUGACGCCAUCAAGGCCACCGCCGCGGCUGCUGCUCCGGGCGCCCCCAAGGGCCUUGACCUCUACUCCAGAUUCGCCUUCGCUGGUGCCGUCUGCUGCGCUGUCACCCACGGUGGCUUCACCCCCGUCGAUGUCGUCAAGACGAGGAUACAGCUCGACCCCGCCACCUACAACAAGGGCCUCAUAGGCAGUGGUAGACAGAUUCUCGCCAACGAGGGUUUUGGCGCCCUCUGGACCGGUGUCGGCCCUACCUUCGCUGGUUACUUCCUCCAGGGUGCCUUCAAGUUCGGCGGAUACGAGUUCUUCAAGCAGCAGUGCAUCAACCAAUUCGGUUAUGAGGCUGCCUCCAACAACCGCACCGCUGUCUACCUCGCCUCCGCUGCUACUGCCGAGUUCUUCGCCGACGUUGCUCUCUGCCCGCUCGAGGCCACCCGUAUCCGUCUCGUCUCUCAGCCCACCUUCGCCAACGGCCUUGUCGGCGGUUUCUCCAAGAUCUUGAAGAAUGAGGGUGUCGGCGCUUUCUACUCCGGUUUCGGUCCCAUCCUGUUCAAGCAGGUUCCCUACACCAUGGCCAAAUUCGUCGUCUUCGAGAAGGUCUCCGAGGCCGUCUACCGCCAGGUCGACAAGAGCAAGGCCUCCAGCGGCAUGCAGACCACCAUCAACCUUGGUUCCGGUCUCAUCGCCGGUUUCGCUGCCGCCAUCAUCUCUCAGCCUGCCGACACCAUGCUUUCCAAGAUCAACAAGACCCAGGGUCUCCCUGGAGAGGGCACCAUCUCCCGUCUCGUCAAGAUUGGCGGUGAGCUCGGUCUCCGUGGCUCCUUCGGUGGUAUUGGUGCCCGUCUCUUCAUGGUCGGUGGUAUCACCGCCGGACAAUUCGCUAUCUACGGUGACAUCAAGAAGGCUCUCGGGGCCACAGGCGGGGUAGAAAUCUCGAAAUAG